AUGCACUUCUUCCUGCAGCUCAGGGACUUGAUGACUUACGGGUCCUGGAGCCCCUUCACCCUGGAGAAGCUGAUGGCCCAUAAGCGGGCGAAGCUGCAGCAGAACGCUGCCGAGAGUGUCACGGACGAGGCCCUUUGUAGCAGCAUCGUCGGCUCUGCCACACGGACGAACGAGGCUUGGAACACUCGAGCAGAGGUGCUCGAGCACCAGGGGAGCGGCUACGUCCAGGAGACCUUCAUGCUCUAUCUGCUUCCGAGCCUUCUGGUGACCACGCUCACUUUCAUGUUCGAGGUCCGGCCUUGGCGGCAGAAUGGGAAGCAGGCAAAAGAGUGA